AUGGAGGAGACUCAGCCAACAGAGGAGAGGAGGGAGGACGGUUCGAGGGCUUCAGGAGCUAACGCAUCCCUCUCUCCGGCAACCUUAAGCCCGGCUGUUCCUCCAUAUGUGAAGCUGGGCUUAACGGUGGCCUACACGGCUUUCUACUCACUUCUCUUUGCCUUCGUUUAUGCCCAGCUGUGGCUGGUGUUGCGCUACCGGCACAAGCGCUUCAGCUAUAAGACAGUAUUCCUCUUCUUGUGCCUGCUGUGGGCGGCGCUGCGUGCCCUGCUCUUCUCCUUUUACUUCAGGGACUGUGUGACAGCCAACGCUCUUGGGCCCUUUGCCUUCUGGCUGCUCUACUGCUUUCCAGUGUGCCUGCAGUUUUUCACACUCAGCCUGAUGAACCUCUAUUGUGCACAGGUUUUCUUUAAGGCCAAGUCAAAGUAUUCUCCUCAUCUGCUCAAGUACAAGUUCCCUUUGUACCUGGUCUUUGUAGGUGCUAGUCUGCUCUUCCUCUUGGUGAAUCUGGCUUGUGCUCUGCUGGUUAAAAUGACGGAUGCGCAAGUUAAGACUAUCGUCUUGGUGCGCGUCACCAUUAACGACUCCCUGUUCGUGCUCUGUGCCAUCUCUCUUUCCAUCUGUCUCUACAAGGUGGCCAAGAUGUCCCUUGCCAGUAUCUACCUAGAGUCCAAGGGGACCUCUGUGUGUCAGGUGACCCUGAUUGGCAUCAUGGUGAUUCUCCUGUAUACAUCACGCGCCUGCUACAAUCUCGUCGUUCUGGCUUUAACAGACAUUGAAAAUAUUAAUUCCUUCGACUAUGAUUGGUACAAUGUGUCUGACCAGGCAGACCUGAGAUCCAAUCUGGGUGAUGCUGGAUACGUGGUGUUUGGGGUGAUUCUCUUUGUCUGGGAACUUCUGCCCACCUCCCUUGUGGUCUUCUUCUUCAGGGUUCGCAAGCCAGCACAAGACAGGAGUGCAUCUGCCAUCCCCAGUCAUGUAUUCUCCACCAAACGCUACUUCUUUGACAAUCCUCGACGAUAUGACAGUGACGACGAUCUGGCCUGGGGAUCAUAUCCUCAGAAUUCUUCAACAAGUUUGUCCUCAGACUGCUAUGACUGGGGCAGCCGAAGCAGCAGCUUCCUUAUAAACCUGGGUGGAGAAAAUCAGCGAUCGUCACCAGGCCUAAACCAUUAA